CAUCUCUCUCCAGGAGGCCUUCGGCUGUUCCCAGUGAGCCCGUGGACACCACUCAAGAUGUCCCCUUUUGGUUGCUGGGGCCUGCCCGCCGCCCUCCUUGCCCUGUUCUGCUGCCCAGAUGCGGCCCAGGGACAGCAGAGGCCCGCAGAGGACAUUGCCUUUUGACUGCCGUCAAAGGGAAACCAGAUCCUCUUCCAGUGGGUCAGGGGACUGUGAAGAAAAAUGCUACCACGCCCUGAGCACUCUGUUUUGGACAACCUGCUGGUGCUUUUCAAGCGCUAGCUCACCACAACCCUGCAGGAAAGGGAUUACUAGCCCAUUUGACAGACGAAGAAACAGGUUCAGAGAGAGAAAGCACCUGGCCCAGCGUCACACAGCUGGGUCUGGUGAGGUGUUCAAGGUACACACGUAUCCAGAGCAGCUGGUGGUGAAGACCGGAGAGUCUCAGCUCAUCAACUGCAGUACCAGCUGUGUCCAGCCUGAGGCCGGGGGUCUGGAGACCAUCCUAGCCAAGACUCUGAAGAAGUCCGGAACUCAGUGGAUGGAGUACUUGGUCUCCAACAUCUCGCAAGACACAAUCAUCUACUGCUACUUCACCUGCUUCGGGGAGCAGAGGCUGACGAGUCUCAACGUCAGCGUGUUCUACCCUCCAACGCAAGUGCUGCUGAAGCUGCAGCCCACUUGGGUGGCUGUGGGGAGACCCUUCACCAUCAAGUGCCACGUGCCAGCCGUGAAACCCCUUGAGAGCCUCACUCUCAUGCUGCUCCGCGGCCAGGAGGUGCUGCACAACCAGACCUUUUGGGGAACGACGGAUGGUACCCAGGGAGCCACAGCCACGCACAACAUCACGGCUCACAGGGAAGACGGCCUCCACAGCUUCUCCUGCCAGGCCAUCCUGGAUCUGCGGUCUCUCGGUGGGAACAUCAUUCACAAUGUUUCAGAGCCACAGAUGCUCAAGGUCUACGAGCCGAGGCCAGACAACCAGAUGGUCGUCAUCAUCUCAGUGGUAUCGGUGCUGCUGUUCUUGUUUGUGACAUCCAUCCUCCUGUGCUUUGUCUUGGGCCAGCACUGGCGCCAGAGGCGGAUGGGCAUCUACGGGGUACAAGGUGCUUAAGCGGGGCCUAAGUCGGACCUACUGGGCACAGCCUACAUGAGUGGCAUGGCCACCACCACAGCAGCCACUGGAACUCAGUGUGACUCCUCAGGAUUGUGGCCCAGCCCUGGCUGUAGGACUGAAAUGAGCAGCAGAGGACUUUGGGGUCAUUUCUUUUUCUAGUCUGAAUAUAAACACCUGGACUUAA